AUGGAGCUCAGACUGAAAACGGAGCCCGAUGCAGAAGCCGGAAGCAGAUCUGAUGGAUACAAGAUGGUGGACAACAGGGAAUUCUGGGAAACGGCCAUGCAGAAGACCCCUGGGAUGGAGACCCUGUGCUCAGGCGGCCAGCACUUCAAGCAGUGCCGCUACCAGGAGGCCGAGGGGCCCCAGGAGGUUUGCGGCCGAUUCCACCACCUUUGCCGCCAGUGGCUGAAGCCAGAAAGGCAUACCAAGGAACAGAUGCUGGACCUGGUGGUCUUGGAGCGGUUUCUGGCUGUCCUGCCCUCAGAGAUGCAGAGCUGGGUCAGGGAAUGCGAGCCGGAGAGCAGUUCCCAGGCGGUGGCCCUGGCAGAAUGCUUCCUCCUGAGCGUGGCAGAGGAGAAGAAGUGGAAAGGGCAGGAAACUUCUGAAGGAGCAGCUGGUUUGCCUAAGGAGGAGGCUCUGUCAGACCCCCAGCAGGGACCAGUAUCGCAGUGGUUCGCUCAGGGGGGCGACAGAGGAGCCCCCUCACUGGGCGGUGAAAUGAUACCAUUUGUGGGCACAAGGUCAUCUCCUCUCCUCAGUGCAGGAGAAACGGUUGCUGUCGAGCUGGAUCAGAAUCCCGUGACCUUUGACGAGGUGGCCGUGUCUUUCUCCGAGGAGGAGUGGGCUCUCCUGGAGCCAGACCAAAGGGCCCUCUACAACGAAGUCAUGUCUGAGAGUCUCUUGAAUGUGGCCUCAUUGGGCCGGGGGGAGCCUCCCAGCUCGAACCGUGGAUGCUUCCGGAGGCUGCGGCAGCUCUGCGAUGGGUCGUGUUUGGGGAUUCUGCUUCUGCCGUCUGCUUCCGGGCUGCCGUCACGCUUUCAAGUCAAACUACGCGGGGAGAGCCAGGUGGACGCUUUUGGACUCGGACAGCCCCCUCACGCCCACCAAAGGCCAUCGGACUUUGCAGUUCCUGCCGGCUGGAAGCUCAUAAAAGAGGAAGAGGACCCCCUGGGAAGAAUCAGAACUAUCGUUCUGGAAGAGCAGAGCAGCCAAACGGAAGCCAAACAGAGAAGCAGGGAUAAAUCCUUCAUUUCCCAGGGGGGUAUCUUGUGGGACAUUGCAACCCAGGAAGAAGCCUGCAGAGGGUGCCCUGCGAGGGAGGAAAACUUCAGUCAUGAGCCAAACUUCAGUACUGAGUGGGGAAUCAACACAGGGGAGAUAUCAUAUAAUUAUUCAGGGAGUGGAAAGAGCAGCUGGCAGAGUGAACAUCUGGCUUCACAGCAAAGCAUCCACCUGUGUCAGUACUCAGAGUCUGCAGAAUGUGUCACUCAGAGCACAGACUUUUUAGAGCAUGAAGGCAUCCACACAGAGGAGGAACAGGAGUGUGGGGAAAGCUUCAUCCUGAGUGAAUACCUGACAGAGCUCCAACAAAGCCAGGAAGAGCAGAAGCAGUACAAAUGCAGAAUGCAAGCAGUUGCCACUUCUGUCAACUUGGAUGAAGGGCCAUCCUGUACCUGUCAGAAGCUUCCUUUCAGGGAGGCCACCAAGGACAUUGGAGCCCCCAAGACCACCCUGGGUACCCAGUCCUACUCUCCGACAAGACCUAUUUUGGUGUCCUCCUCCCUGGGAUGUAGCCAGGGGGACAUCUAA